UAUAAACAUUAAAUUUUGGAUUUUUAAUCACAUGCAUGUGUGAUGAUAAUAUAUUAAAAAAUGGAUUCUAAUUCGACUGAUGAUGCGAUUAAAUUAAUAAUUAAAGCUGCAGAUUUCGCCGCUAAAGCUCAUCGAAAACAAUUACGCAAAGAUGGUUACACUCCUUAUAUUAAUCAUCCGAUUGGUGUCGCUAAUAUUUUAACCGAUUUAGGCAACGUUUCCAAUCCAUCAGUUAUUGCCGCCGCUUUGUUACAUGAUACGGUAGAAGAUACGGAUGUUACUUUUGAGGAUAUUCAGAAAGAAUUCGGUGAUCAUAUUUUAUCGAUUGUGGCCGAAGUAACCGAUGACAAAUCAUUGCCUUCUUUUGAACGUAAACGUUUACAAGUAGAGAAUGCGCCGAAUUCGAGCAAUGAAGCCAAACUUGUAAAAUUAGCAGAUAAAUUAUACAAUUUACAAGAUCUUCUCGAAAAAACCCCGAUAGGUUGGUCAGAAAAACGUGUGCAAGAAUAUGUUGAAUGGUCUACGAAAGUUAUAUCUGGUUUGAUCGGUACAAACAAAGCCAUUGAAAAUCGAUUGGCGCAAACGCUUGGACAAUUUUCCACAAAGAACAAAUAAAAUAAAAUUUAC